AUGCGACGAGCCGUUCUGCAGAUAACGAUCUGUUUGUUGCUGAUCGAAACGCCCAACGUGUGGUGCAGGCUGGCGAACCUAAAAUCCGUGGUGCCACCGCCAAAGUUAGUCAAAUCGGACGAGAUGGCCAAACUUUCGGAAGUAACCUACGACGACUAUCCGAUGGUGGUUCCGAAGCGGGCGGCGAUGCUCCUGGACCGGCUAAUGGUGGCCCUGCACCAUGCACUGGAGAAGGGCGACGGUGAGGACGGUGGUGGUCGGCCUAUCAACAAGGUGUAUCGCGAUGGCCGCUACACCGGCAAGCCCACGUUUUCGUUGGCCCCGGCCAAAAUACCGCCUUCCGCAAGCAAAACGGAGCAACUGAUGAAAAGCUAUUACGCCGAAGCGGACGCGGAUGCGGAUGCCGAAGACAGGGUGGCCAACGUGAUUCCGGACGAGAUUGAUGACAUUGAAACGCGGAAAGAGCUGCUGGAUGAAAUGAUGGACAUCCAGACCAGGGGCACCGAAGAUAAGACCAAAAAGGGUCGGUACUGGAAGUGUUACUUCAAUGCGGUCAGUUGUUUCUAA